GCCAGCAGUCACACCGCGGAAGGUGCGUGUUUAGGGUGACCACGCUUGGUUCAGGUGCAGCCGACUUUACGAACUGGCUGUGGCCAUGCCAAAGCUGCAGGGCUUCGAGUUCUGGAAGACCACCCUGAAGGGAGCAAGUUAUGUGGUGGCCCCCAUGGUGGACCAGAGCGAGCUGGCCUGGAGGCUGCUGAGCCGCAGGCAUGGCGCCCACCUCUGCUACACCCCCAUGCUCCACGCCCAGGUGUUUGUGCGUGACGCCAACUACCGCCGUGAGAACCUGUACAACGAGGUGUGUCCGGAGGACCGUCCCCUCAUCGCACAGUUCUGCGCAAAUGAUCCAGAAGUGUUUGUCCAGGCUGCUCUACUGGCUCAGGAUUACUGUGAUGCCAUUGACCUGAACCUGGGCUGCCCUCAGAUGAUCGCCAAGAGAGGACACUAUGGUGCCUUCCUGCAAGAGGAGUGGGACCUUCUGGAGAAGAUGAUCACGCUAGCUAAUGAGAAAAUUUCCGUGCCCAUCACAUGUAAGAUCCGAGUCUUCGCCGAGGUUGAAAAGACGGUGCAGUAUGCCAAGAUGCUAGAGAAGGCUGGGUGCCAGCUGUUAACAGUCCAUGGCCGAACCAAAGAGCAAAAAGGAGCCCUAACAGGUAUUGCAAGCUGGGAGCACAUCAAGGCUGUGAGGAAAGCGGUGAGCAUCCCUGUGUUUGCCAAUGGAAACAUCCAGCACCUGAGCGAUGUGCAGCGCUGCUUAGACGAGACGGGCGUGCAGGGCGUCAUGAGCGCAGAGGGGAAUCUCCACAACCCUGCGCUGUUCGAGGGCCGCAGCCCGCCUGUGUGGGAGAUGGCAGAGGAAUACCUGGAGGUGGUCCAACAGUAUCCCUGCUCCCUGUCGUAUAUCCGUGCCCACCUCUUCAAACUGUGGCACCACACGCUGCAGAUCCAUCAGGAGCUGAGGGAUGAGUUAGCCAAGGUAAAAACCCUGUCUGGAAUGGCAGAGGUCAACAGGCAGCUGAAGAAGCGUUGCCAGGAGGAAAUGGCCAAGGACGAAAUAGGGGAGAAGAAUGCCAGUGGUUUACCGUUCCCUCAUUGGAUUUGCCAGCCGUAUGUCAGACCAGUGCCAAAGGAGCCAGGGAGUGAGAAUGGGCAGCCCAAACAGCAGGUGAAGGCGGUGUGUGUGAAGAGGGCGCUGGAGGACAGUGACGGUGCUGCAGAGUUCCUCUCCAAAAACAAGCAGAAGAAGAAGGCUCGUAACCCCCACAAAAACUUCAACCUGGAGCAGAAACCAAAGUACAUCAAGUGUGAGCAGUGUGGAAAUCCAAAGGGGAAUAAAUGUGUCUUCAGCCUGUGCCGGGGCUGCUGCAAGAAGGCGGCCUACAAGGCGAUGGCCGACUGCCCUGGUCAUGGCCUGUUGUUCAAGACCAAGCAGGAGAGGGCGGCAAGACUGAAGAGCGGAGAAACCUGCGGUCUGGUGAACGGGGAGCGUGGCCUCCCAGCAGACCCCACCCCUCAAGUGGCCUCAGGUGACCAACCAGGGGCUGAGCCGGUGGCCUGAGGGGCCUUGCAGGGACAAGUACACAGCCACAUUCUGCUGCUGCAGCCUCCGCGCCCAAGCUGGAGGAGAGGAGAGGCGAGGAAAGGACACGAGAGGAGAGGAACUGCCCCACACUGGGGCUCGGCCGUCCUCCCAGGGUCUGUUUACUGUGGGCGAUAAUGUGAACACAUCUCUCACUUCACAGAGAGAUGACAAGCGUUGUCGGCUUAUUUUAAAUUUGUUUUCACAUUUUAUGCUUGUUUGUCUUCUUCCUAAUUAAAUUCAGCCAUGAGCUUUUGUUUUUCAUGCGUAAUUAUUCCCUUCCUGCCCUUGUUUUCCUUCAGAGUGUGGCCGACUCCUUUCCUCUCGGUUAAGGGUGUGUUAUAUUACGCCACCUUCACCAAAAAGAGAGUGCUUUUAUCUGAUAUUCCAAAAAACUGAGCUACACAUGAAUAGAACAGUAGUUCACCCCAGUUGCUUUGGUAAGUAAUAUGCAACAUGAAUCAUGAUGCCUCACCAAACUGGAGGUAUUCAGUAUGAUUCAGCCCUUGGUGAGUGGAGGGAUACCCACCUGUAUGGAAAGCACAGAACAGUAACUGGGAAUAUGCAUUUUUUAAAAGUUAGAUACAGUGAAAUGUUAGACAAUGUUAGUGAAAUGGAACCUAUAUGUUAGCAUCAAGGUGGUGGGCAACUGCUGUGGUUAUCCAUUGUGCAGUGAGUUUCAUGUUGGACAUGUGGAUAUGUGAGGGAGAACUGCAAAAUGCACAGAAACUCGCCAUCAUUUGGAGCCUCUUUGAUUCUGAUGUUUGACAUUUUAACUUGGGGAUCAAUAGGGUUCUGGGGAAUAAUGAGUCUGUAAGUAAAUAAAAAUGCAGUGUUGCAUACAUAAUGACACGAGAAAUGGGUAUUUGACAAAUUAUGGGUUUGAUUUCCACAUAUUUGUUUAUAUGUGUGCGUUCUUCACAGGGUGUAAUGGAUUGUGUAGUCCUUUUCAUACCAUUUAAAAUACACCUUAGCAAAUUACACUCUUUCAGUGUGCUUUGCUGAACAGUCAGUGCUGGGUGGGAUUCUGUAACACACCCAAUGAGCAGAUUUAUACUUUCUGGAGGGGGGAAGCCAAGUCUUGCCUUAUGUAACAGUCUUUCUAGACGCUGCUUUGAUUCACAAGCAAUUCAUCACUUGAAAUGAGAGUGACAGUUUAUUCAUUAAGAAACACCAAAUUAUAUUUUCGAUGCUUUGUAUUUUUACACAAUUGUACCACUUGACUACAUGCCAUAUAACUCACCAAGCCAUACUCUUCUCCUUUGCUUUACACUGUGAAAUAAUUUAGUCCAUGAUAUAUUAUCUGUAGGCAGUAGUUUCGGUAUCACUUAGUGUGGCUACUGUACCUCAUUUCAGUUUUAGAGCUGCACUUGGCCCAGGUGUUAAAAUGUUGAAUACUACUACACAAACUAACAUCAUUUGGAUUUUGAGCAUGAGAAAUUGAUGGGUCACAUGGCUUGGUUGCCCUAAUGUAGCAAACGUUCCUCUUUGAAAACCUGUAAGGGUGCUUGCAACAUCUCCCAUAAGAACCCUUUUAAGGUACCAACAAAAUAAGUUCUUGCACCAAAGACUCCAGAUGUUGCGGUCUUUUUUUUUUGUUGGUUUUCAAAACUGUCUAAACUGAUGUCUUCUGCCCCUAGACUGGUUUUGUAUAUUUGAAAAAGAACAUUUCAGUACAGCAGAUAUUAACUGGGAUCAUUUGUUAUUGGUAGUAGUAUUGCCUCUUUAUCAUAGCAUUCUCAUUCAGGAGGUUAAAUGAUUACCCCUCUCUGCUUCAGGGCAAAACUGUUAUAAAGACAUGUUGACUUGUUUGCUUCUUUAAUGAUGUUAUUCCACCUGUCGCUGGGGUGGAGAGAACACCCAUUACUUGUAGUAAUUGUGUGCUUCAUCGACCCAGAGUUACAUAUUUUCAGAAUGUGCUCUGGCGAAGGCAAUUAAGAACAGGCACAGGAGAGGCAUAUCUGUCCCACUGCUUUUGCCCUUCCAUUCAUUUUGGGAUCAAGAUGUGCUCAUCCAACCUGGCUGCU